UGGGACCGCGGUGAGGGAAGACCAUCGCGGCAAGUUGGAGAGGCGGAGGCCCCUUCCGUUGCAUCGGCAUUUCGGUGGGAUCUGCAAAGAUGCAUGAACAAGCUGUGAGUGGAUUGGGAACGUGACAUUGAGAUGGUUUGAAAUCAUGGGGAGAUUGAGUUCAGCUGAUCGAUACAACCUUGAAUGAUCCAGUUAGGGUGGUGGGAGAUUAGGGUUUCGGGGAGAAGAGGAGGGCUCUGCAGCAGGGGCGGGGAUGUGGUUACGGCAUGGGUUCAAAGAAUUUCGAGCAUCGUGAGCAUGAGCACCGGGAGAAUCGGCGGGACGAUGCAUCGAGGCUCGUGCCGUGUGAGCAUUUGGCUGAGUACCGCGCACGGAAUGGGUCGGAGAGUUUGCGAGUGCUGCAGAGGUGCGUGAAGACGGAGGCCUCGGGGAGGGCUUGCAUCAAGCGGGAGGCCAAGGAGGUGCCGCGGUGCGGUAGCUGCUCGCGGGCGCGGGGGAGGUUGUAUGCGUGCGUGGUUUGUGGGACUAUUGGCUGCUGGAGCCCGCCGGAUGCGCUGCACGCGCGGACGCAUGCGCAGGAUAACCCCGGGCAUGGUAUAGCUGUGGACAUUGAGCGUGCAGAGCUUUUUUGUUGCUUCUGUGGCGAUCAGGUAUACGAUGUGGAUUUCGAUCGAGCAAUUAUUGCGGCGCGGGCGGAUGUGCUGCGGCGGGAGACAGAGGAGAGGCGGAGAAAUGCGGGUGAUGUGGGUGACAAUCUUAAGAAGAAUGUGGGGAGCGGAUGUGGCAGAGACGGAUGUGGGGAUUUCGGGGCGGGGUCGCGUACUGUGUCGGGUUUGGUUGUGUCUUCACCUUGCGGUGGGGAAGUUGGGAAUAGCCAUGAGUCGAGGAAGCGAAGGAGAAGCAUCGAGUAUAAGCCGUGGGUGGCAUCGGGUCAGGAGCAAUUGGGUUUGAAACAGAGCUCCACGCCUUUGAAUGAUGGCAAGAAGCUUCCAGCUGGUUUAAGAGGCCUUAAUAAUCUUGGAAACACGUGUUUCAUGAAUUCCGUGCUGCAAGCACUUCUCCACACACCACCAUUGCGAAAUUAUUUUUUGAGUGACCGUCACAACCAAGCCAUGUGCCAGCGGGGGGAUGCACAGCUUUGCCUUGGUUGUGAUAUGGACAUCAUCUUCACUGCAGCUUUUUCAGGAGAUCGGACGCCUUACAGUCCAGCCAAUUUUUUGUACAGCUGGUGGCGAUAUGCUUCAAACCUGGCAGGGUACGAGCAGCAAGAUGCACACGAAUUUUUUAUUUCCUUAGUCUCUGGCAUACAUGAUGAAGGAGGCACAACCUCCUCGUGCAAGACGACGAGGUCCGGAGAUGAUAAUUGCCAUUGCAAAGUUCACCGUGUUUUCUCAGGACUUCUUCGGUCCGAUGUAACAUGCACUGUAUGUGAUUUAACCUCCACUACAUAUGACCCCUGUGUUGAUAUUUCGUUAGACCUUGAGCCCGACUUUGGAACAGAGAAAGGCUUCUCAGAAUCAAUAAUACAUGCUGAACAUGGUGGCCGGACGUCUAGAGCAGCUUCAAGUGCUUCGGGGGCUUCCUCAUUGCUGGGUUGUUUAGACCGUUUUACCAGACCUGAACGCUUGGGAGCAAACGAAAAGUCUUUCUGCGAGAGAUGUCAAACUCGACAGGAAUCUAUCAAGCAAAUGUCUAUUCGGAAAGUCCCACUAGUUCUGUGCUUUCACAUAAAGCGCUUUGAUUUCACUCGUAACCAGCCCAAGAAGCUUGAUCGCUAUGUGCAGUUUCCUUUAUUUCUUGAUUUGUUACCGUAUAUGUCAUCUUCUAUUGUAAGAUUGAGGCAUGGCAAUAGGCUCUUGAGUGUUAGUGGUGAUGCAAGUAAUCUUCCACCCUCACAAAGCCCGUCGGAGUUUGAGCUUUUUGCUGUAGUCACUCAUUCCGGUAAGCUAGACUCGGGACACUACGUAUCGUUUCUGCGUCUCAACAAGUGUUGGUACAAAUGCGAUGAUGCUUGGAUUACUCGCGUAACUGAAGACUAUGUCCGAGCCUCGCAAGCCUACAUGCUCUAUUAUGUCCAGAAGACCCUUUUUUAUAAAGCUAGUGACACAGCCCGUCCUCCAAUGGGGGGAUAGCACCAUUUUUGUUUCCAGAGGGAAAAAAAAGAAAGAAGAAAAAGGAAAAAAAUUCUUUACUCCAUUUUUCAAUGUAUAGCCUCGGAGUCUGCAACCCUGAGUUCCGUCACCAUAAUUUGGAUGGUGACCAGUGUAGCGUGAAGGACAUUGUUAAAGCAGAGUUAGAUGGGCACACCUUCCCAGAUAAUUUG